AUGAGUCUUUCAUCCAGACAUCUGGAAAGCUUUCGCAGCGGACCUCAAUCUCGUGUCUCGGUGAGUGUUGGCAAAGAUCCGGGCUCGAAAUUGCAUCUACCGUCACAAGAGCAGCUCGGUGACGGAUUAACGAUCGUUGGUAGUCAAGGGCAGACGAAUGUAGUGUUUACAGAACAGCAAAUGACCGAUGACUUGCUGGCUGCCAUUCCAAAGCUGCAUGCAGUCAUCUCGAAAGAGGUACGAGAAAGCUCAAGGUGGCACCGCAAAAGCCGCAAGGACGGCGUCACCACGUACGGAUCAGUGCCAAACACUUCUGGGUCGGACAACUCGGAUUUAGCGUACGCGUCGCUGGCCAAGACAAAGAUCAAGUGCCAUUUGAACGAGGUGCUCAAUGUUCUGGUCAGUCACGAGUCGAGUGCUUACCAAAGCACCAUGGCUGCACUCUGUGGCGACAAGUUCCAGGAUGGACAUGUGGCGUAUCAGCAACGCUGUCAGCUCUCGGAAAACUCGCAUCGGGUUUUAUCAGGGGCCGCUGACCUUCCAUUGAAAGGACUCGAGGAGCGCGAUGUCCUUUUGAGCGUCAACAUGGCAACACUCCAGCCGACGCUGCCCAUGCGGCUCCAGUCAAAGAAGCAUCGACAACCUCAAAAGUUGUGCUUCUCGUCGCUCACGCACCAGUACGCGAGCAAAGAUCGAGCUGUGCACGUGAUGAAGACUCUGCCGAAGCAUGUGCACGAUGCACUUGUGCCACCUUCGCAGCGAACUGCUUUGCGGGACAAUUUGGACCACUUGACCGUCGGGUUUGAUAUUCAGUCGACACCGGCUUCAGGAGGCAGUAGCAGCCAGACGACUCGCAUUGUUGCGCACGGAUACGCGGCAGUGACUGCACCGGAGGCUUUUGGGGCAGUCACGUCGGACUCGCCGCAGUCAAAAAUUGGUGCAUCGAAUCGGGAGCAGGUUACGCGUCGUCGAGGUGCGAUGAUGAAUCCGGAAGCGAAGCACGUACUGGAGCUGCUCACCCGGUCGUUGAGAGAGUUUGAGCGUGUUAUCCGAAGACGACGGCUCGGGUUCCAGUCGUUCGUGUACUUCCUCACGGUAGUAAGGGAUGAAGCCGAGAUGAAGCCAUGCCACGUGUGUACGAAAGGCUUCUCCCUGCUUCGACGAGACUUUUUCUGCCAGCUCUGUGGGCACAUGGUCUGCCGCAACUGCUCGCAUUUGCAUGAGGUUGAAGCAAGUAUUGGCGAAGUGCGUCGGAACCGCAUCUGUGUCAAGUGCGUCGUGCGCGUCGACGCUUGCACGUUUGAAGACGACAACCUUGUGGUGGCACUCGGACCGACGGUGGUGAGUGACGAGCAGUGGUUCACCGACAGCGAGCGCGAGUCGUUGGACGACGGAACAGAUGCCGUCUCGGUCACGUCGACUACAUUCGAUCCGUCUUUGUCCAGCGCGACGUCUCACGAUCGAUUGACGUCCAGCGAUCCAGCGACACGAUCGCAAGCACUGGAGGAACUUGGUCGUCUGGUGAUCCCUGACGUCACUGGAUCCUUACGAACGAAGCGGAGACGCAAGAUCGAUGAAGGCAAGGACGGAUCAACAGAUUUGGUUGAAAUGGUGAAGCAGGACGUUGAACACUAUCUGAAGCAGAGUCUACGUGUAGCUGAGAAGGCGAUGAAACUGGAGGACUGUGGGGUGGCUGGGUUGGACCGGGACUAUGCUUUCGAGUACGAUGUCGACGGUACGCACGAUCCUGAUCACCCGUUGCCGCCUAUGCCUCCACAAGAGAAGGAGGACAGGCGAUUGCAGUACAUUGACGAAUCGGGCGUAUUGGCCGCAACGUUCGACCGAUCAGCUCUGGACCUCUUGGCUCAAGUGGCAGCUAAGCAGUUAAACUGUCCGAUUGGAUUCGUUACGAUGGUGGGCAAAGAGGAGAUGCAUGCUGUAGGCGCGUUCCCUCCUCGACCUCGGGAGCUGACCAUGAUCCCGCGAGACGAGAGUAUCUGUGCCCAUACCGUCUAUGCGGACAAGCCGUUGGUUGUAAAGAAUUCUCAACGAGACAUGCGGUUUGCUCAAAUGUCUCUACUGAAGAAGGCAAAGAUAAAGUUCUACGCAGGGUUCCCGAUCCGAGCACCGGACGGUUUAGUCGUGGCUUUGCUGUGCGCUUCGGACGUUAAGCCGCACGAGACGAUCUCAACCAAGGAAUACGCGACGAUGGAGACGUUAGCGAAACUCGCAGGACAAGUGGUGGCGCCACGACAGCUUGCCAUCGCCGUAGACUAG